AUGGUAAAACCGGUGCCCCUCUUCAGGAGAACUGAUUUCAAAUUAUUAUUAUGCAACCACAAGGAUCUCUUCUUUCUCAGGGUGUCUAAGCUGCUGGAUUGCUUUUCGCCCAAAUCAAUGUGGUUUCUUUGGAACAUUUUCAGCAAAGGAACGCAUAUGCUGCAGUGUCUUUGUGGCAAGAGUCUUAAGAAAAACAAGAACCCAACUGAUCCCCAGCUCAAGGGUAUAGUGACCAGGUUAUAUUGCAGGCAAGGCUACUACUUGCAAAUGCACCCUGAUGGAGCUCUCGAUGGAACCAAGGAUGACAGCACUAAUUCUACACUGUUCAACCUCAUACCAGUGGGACUGCGCGUUGUUGCCAUCCAGGGAGUGAAGACAGGGUUGUAUAUAGCCAUGAAUGGAGAAGGUUACCUCUACCCAUCAGAACUUUUUACCCCUGAAUGCAAGUUUAAAGAAUCUGUUUUUGAAAACUAUUAUGUAAUCUACUCGUCUAUGCUAUACAGACAACAGGAAUCUGGUAGAGCCUGGUUUUUGGGAUUGAAUAAGGAAGGGCAAGUAAUGAAAGGAAACAGAGUAAAGAAAACCAAACCAGCAGCUCAUUUUCUACCCAAGCCAUUGGAAGUUGCCAUGUACCGAGAACCAUCUUUGCAUGACGUUGGAGAAACGGUCCCGAAGGCCGGGGUGACGCCGAGUAAAAGCACAAGUGCGUCUGCAAUAAUGAAUGGAGGCAAACCAGUCAACAAAAGUAAGACGACAUAGCCAGAUCCUCACAGGUGUUGUGACUUACUCGUCCUGAGCACAGUUGAGUGAUUUAUCCUUGCCAGACAUUCCUGCUCCUGUGGCUGAGGAGCAGCUGGAAGUAAGCCCAUGCUUGCUCUUGGCUGUCUCGAACUUCUUGGUUGCAAGUGGAUAAAUCUCAACCUGUUGCACCCCCAGAACAAGAAGACACCUGGAUAACCAGCUAAACUCAGACCAUGGAAUGCCCUACCAGAUAUGGAAUGCCUUUUUAAUAUCUUUUCUGUGACCGUGACACUUCAUGUGAAUGACAUACUUCACAAGUACACUCGAUACCUUGCCUGCUGACAGCUACCCAUAAUCCUUUUUGAGUCCUGUUUCAGCGAAAUCCAUGUUUAAGUUCAAUUUUGUAGCACACGAAUACUAUUGAGUAAUUUCUAGUUAGACGCUGUAAACCUGUGCUAUUAUGGAUUUCUCUUCUCCCCGUUUUUACAGGGCUGCUCGCGCCACUGUCUGUGACCUUUUGCAGGAAUUGUAUUCCUCUAAAUCUUAAAUGUUGCAGUUGGCCUAGUUCGGAGAGCGAUCAGGGAAUCAGGAAGCCUUCUAAACCUAUUAUUACAAAUUGCAUCUAUAAAGAUUUAAGAGUGUUGUCUCCGGCUCCCACUAUCGAUUAAACACACAUAUACGAUCUAUCCAGUAGCAGAUACCGUGCUCCUGAGGUUGGCGUUGCCGGGGUGAGAAAUGGGUCAAACACAGUCCCAGGGGGGAAGCUCUCUAUGAUACGUGUUUGACACCCCCCUAUAGUUUCUUUGUGUGUGUGUGUGUUUUAUACAUAUCACAAGCUUACUGGUAAUGGUAACAUUUGCCUUGCCCAGCGAGCAAGACCCACUGGUUUUUGAGAAAGUGGGUCCAAAGAACUCUGUAGGCCUUGUAGGCCUGAUUAAGGUUCAUUUUUCAUCUACUGAUCCUCAUUAUUUGGAAAAAAGAAAAAAAAAAGAAAAGAAAAUUCAGUGAUUACAACCUACAAGAAUUGCGCUACCUAAAUCCAUUUCAGAUAUAAUCCUACCUGUUUUUAAUGAACCGAACUGAAUGCCAUCCCCGGUUUUGGCUGCGUUCCACUCAUACUCAGCAGAGCAUGGGCAAGGCGGCUGUUGUGUUCUUUUCUGCAGCAGCAAUGCAAACGUUAGUUAUAAAAUUAGACUUUAAUAUUUUUGGUGUUUAAUGACAAGUUUUUAAACUGGACAUAUUAGGAAAAACUAUUUUUUUUAGCUCAGCAUGCUGAGUCAGGUACUGUGUAUCUCACCACUCCAUACCUGUAACUCAGCUUCUUGGGGCCCCGGUUGCCCAGUAGCUGGGGUAGAGGUGCCUUGCCAUGAGCUCAGAAUGCAGUCUGUUGAAUUCUCCUGGAUCAAAUUAAAGGCAAACCAACACGUCCAAACAUCAGGUUUUUGGUCCACGCCAUCGAUUUGCUUUUGUUUGAUUUUGCUUUCUUAAUUUCCUUUUGCCUAAGUCCGAGCUUAGGGAAGACAACCGCUAAGAAAGGCCAUGAAUCGUUGAUUGCACAAGGAAGAAACCAUGCAAAACGUUCGCUAUGGGAUACGGAGAGUUUCAAAAUGUUUAAGAUGAAACUGUUUGGAAAUAUAUUUGUUAACUCUGUGUAUAACUUAAUAAAAUUCAAUGUUUCCUCCUCAGAAGAGUUAACUGAGACCAAACUGAACCUCAUUUAUAGAAAACUAUAUGUGGGAUCAUGUACUGGCCUCUUAUGAUUAUUUCCAUGCAGAAGGCUGACCCAGUCGCCAGCCCCCCCACCCCCCCAUCUGCACUGUUAUUUCCUGGGAAAUUAUUUUGCCACUGCGUUCCUAAGUCUCCAUGACAGCCCUUGCCCGGCAUUAAAAAAUUUUGGCCUGCUUAGCUGAUUAAAGAUUUAGUAUAAAUUUAACUGUUUAUGCUUAUUUCAUUUUCAUAUUGGAUUUCAUUUUAAUAAAUAAAAAGUUAGCAUAAUGUUUGAGUAGAUUUAUUGUCAAUAAUGCUAAAGUAUGAAUACAACAAAGUGAUUCCUUCGACCAUUCUUGAUUUCUUGUGACAGCAUUUUAAAGCCUAUCGUUUUCAACAGGGUGAGUUAAAAACCAUUAGAUGAAUUUCACUAACCAAUUAUUUAGGAAAGACAUGUAUUCUAUAGUCUGUGGCAAACUGAAUUAUUUAACUUGACAUUCCAAUUAGAUGGGCUUAUAGACACUGCUUGCCCCAACACACACACACACACACGCACACACACACACACAUCAAACAAUCCCACGUAUUUGUUUUUGGCAAUCAGCCCUACUCACUGUUUUUUUUGUUUGUUUGUUUUUUUUCCCUUCUUGCAAGGCUGUUCAUUGGUUAAAAUGAAGACAAGAUUUAUUUUUGUAAAUGACUGAGAUUUAUGUAAAUGUGCACCUCUGUUUUGUUUUUUUUAUAUGAGUUGUCUCUAAGGGCAUUUAU